UCAUGUGGAGAGUGAAAGAAGUAGAGAGCGUGCCACCUACCUGCUAACAUCCAUCCGGAGAAAACAUUGCACCAAACUUAGCCCGAAUGCGCGCUGCUGCCGCUGCUCACUCACACCCGACAGACAGCUCGCUGCAACUACUGCAUUUCAGUCUCAGCUCUGCACAGAAACAUCCGUGGCAGAGAAAAAGAUCCGUAGAUUUGUACUUUUAAUGUAGCACCUUUGGAAAAAAAAAGAUAAUGUGCUUUCGGAAGUUGUGAUUUUUUUAAAAAAAGUAAAGCGUGAGGACGAUUUAAACUUAAUAUAUAUUUCAAUUUUGGAGAAAGAGAAUGAAGGCGAUGGUGUCUUUGAGGUUUGCCCUGGUGCUGGCGGUGGUCGCUAACUUUAUUGACAGCGAGGCGAAGUUUCUUGAGAGGAGUGAGAAAGCUCCGGUGAGGAGAUGCCUGGAUGGGAGUACGCCGCGCCGCCUGAGGAGGAGAGAGAGGAGGCUGCUAGCCCUGGACCCCAGUGGCUAUACCUGUCACAGGCUGUACAGCCGCCUGUCCUGCUGCCCCAGCUUCGGGCAUUUCCAUGAGUUCGUUGAUCCCAAGAUAUUUUCUGCUACAAACAAUACAGAAUGUGCAAAGCUGCUGGAGGAGAUCAAGUGCGCCCAAUGUUCACCACAUGCACAAUAUUUAUUUCACUUCCCUGACCGGCAAGGAGCACCAGACAAUGAACUGGCCUUUCCAGUGUUGUGCAGAGAUUAUUGCAAGCAGCUCUACUUUGCGUGCAGAAGUCAAAUGACAGGUCUCUUCCAAACCACUUCAGAUGAGUUUUGUAACCUUUAUGCAGCAAAGGACAAUGGGAUAUGUUUCCCUGACUCUCCCAGAAAACAAGUGCAAGGACCUGAUUCCAACUAUUUAAACCAGAUGGAUGACUAUUACAAAAUGGAGCAGAUCAACAGGUUCAAUAAGAUAACUACUAUUUGGUUCAGAAAGACGAGUAUUUGUAGUUGUGAUGUUGAAUCAGCUACACGUCGUGCUGCCAGAUAGCUUGCUUUGUCAUGGAAUUUCAACAGAAUUUUACACAUUGUUGAAGUUCCUUAACAGUAAUACUCUCUGCAGCCGUGUCCUUAAAUUUGCAUUUCCACGUUCGAUACAUCGUUCUUGCUCUCCUCAGACCAAACAUUUCCAUUCAUUUAAAAAGCAGUUAAGAGCUUUGAAUAAAUUACUUCCUGGCUAUAUUAACCUCAGCAUCUACUAUUGUAAUUUUAUAAUUUAUUUAGCAGUGUGGUCUUUUGGUGACAGGGCAUGCUUUACCAGUCCAGAGUUGCUCCAGGAGCCUGUUCCUACUGUUCGUAGUUGUUUUCAAAAUUGGGUCCAUAUGUUUUCCCUGUAGGGAGGGACAGAUUUCAGUGAGAGAAUGAAACUGGAGAAGAAGGAAGUUUAGGCAGAAGUUAGUAGAGGAAAACUGCAGCCAGAAUUCGAGAGAGAACAUGGUCAUAAGUCAAUAGGCAGCUACUUCAGGUAGAAUAAGGAAGAAACUCAAUCAGAGGUAAGCAGAGGAAACUAAGAUGGAAGCAAGGAGAGGAGGAAUUCAACACAAUCUACUAAAGGAGGAAGUUCAGCCAAUGAACAAGACAGAGAGGGAAUCCAGAUAGAGGCAGUGAGUGAGGGAAUCCAGGUAGAGGCAGUGAGAGAGGUUCAGGCAGAGGCUACGAGAGAGGGAAUCCAGGCAGAGGCAGUGAGAGAGGGAAUCCAGGCAGAGGCAACGAGAGAGGGAAUCCAGGCAGAGGCAACGAGAGAG